AUGACCCAGAUCCUCGCCAGGGACCCCAUCGCCGUCAGCCUCUGGCACUUCAACGUGACGAUUCAGUACUACAGCCGCGCGGCGCGGAUCCCGCGGGUCACGGUCCGGGCGCAGGAGCAGAAAGCCCACGAGGACGUGAAUCAUAUGGAGUUGCGGCUGCUGCAAUUCGCGCUGGACAGCCUGAACCAGGACCAGAUCCAGAUGAGCUUCUUGCUAGACACGAUCAGCCGCAUCAGGACUCAGCACCGGCUGCUUUACUCGCUGCUGAAGGACGCGGAUCCGCACCGGGUGUGA